AUGUCACUACCGGGGUAUUUGGAGGACAAGUUUUCACCUGAGGAAAUCCAAUUCCUAGUAGAGAAUGAACCCAUCAAGAUAAUGCCCAGGAUAACCACCAGGCAGAAACGUCGUAUAGGAUCGGGGAGGCCUGCAGAAAACACAACUCAAUGGAAGCUUAUCACAACCAAUGACUAUAAUGUGAAUAAUAUGGUGGCUAUGAAUAGUACUGAAGUCGCUUUAUGGCUCGCCCUGCUACUCAAGCAGCAAGGAAAGUGUAGCAUUGUGGCCCCAUCAUGGCUUACCUUGAAACAAAUCGACAAGUUCAUUGAAUUUGAGGUGCGCAACCCAACUAGGUUUGCUAAUUUACCAUGGAACUGGUUAGUUAUUGCUCGAUUGUUAUUUCAGAGAGCUCCUGAUGAUUUUAGAGACCCAGUGCAUCUUCUUCGUGGUAAGGUCCAAGAUCUGCGAGAAGUAAGACAAGGCAAAAUAGCAAAGGGGCUUCAAUAUCUUAACGAAUCUCAUUUACAACUAGAUAACCUAUCCCUAGUAGAGGUGAAUGAGAUGCGUCCGUUGGUUGUUGGUGUCAUGGAUAAAUUGAAAGAAGUACAUAACAGUACAAUUAAAGAAAAUUCAGGUGAACUAGACGAUUACGACGUCUAA